UUGCUUCCAAGUGCAACCACGAGAGUUAAAGCAGCGCACGCAUCGGCAGCGCCGGCGCCCAGCACGACGAAUGGGUGCACUGCGUGGUCUCCGACGACAUGCCGCCGCCUCCGCAUGCCCUUUCCUUGCGUUCGCCGUCCUCCUCGCAUUGCCGGGCCUCGCCGCCGGCAUUACCCGGCACUACACGUUCGACGUGCAAAUGACCAACGUGACACGGCUUUGCGCCACCAAGAGCAUCCCGACGGUGAACGGGCAGUUCCCGGGGCCGAGGCUGGUCGCGAGGGAAGGCGAUCGCCUCGUGGUCAAGGUCCACAACCACAUCAACUACAACGUCUCGUUCCACUGGCACGGGAUCCGGCAGCUGCGGAACGGGUGGGCGGACGGGCCGGCGUACAUCACGCAGUGUCCGAUCCAGGGCGGACAGAGCUACGUCUAUGACUUCACCAUCACAGGACAGCGCGGCACGCUGUGGUGGCACGCACACUUCUCAUGGCUGCGCGUGCACCUCUACGGCCCGCUCGUCAUCCUCCCCAAGCGUGCCGAGGGAUACCCGUUCCCGCUGCCAUACAAAGAGUUUCCCAUCAUGUUCGGCGAGUGGUUUAAAGCGGAUUCAGAGGCGGUGAUCAACCAGGCCCUUCAAACUGGUGCCGGACCAAAUGUCUCCGACGCCUACACGUUCAAUGGCCUUUCUGGCCCAACCUAUAACUGCUCAUCCAAAGAUACGUACAAGCUAAAGGUUCAGCCGGGACGAACAUACAUGCUUCGGCUCAUCAACUCGGCGCUCAACAACGAGCUCUUCUUCGGUAUUGCCAACCACACGCUCACUGUCGUUGAGGCGGAUGCCAACUAUGUCAAGCCUUUCACCUCCAAGACUGUCGUCAUCUCACCCGGGCAGACCAUGAACGUGCUCCUAACCACAUCCUCCAACCCCGCCUCCCGGGCAUUCGCCAUGUCUAUCGCGCCCUACACCAACACCCAAGGCACGUUCGACAACACCACUGCGACAGCAGUCCUUGAGUAUGCCUCGACACGCCCAAGCUCCACCCAAAACCUGGCCAUGCCGGCCCUGCCGCGAUACAACGACACAAACGCCGUGGCUAACUUCUCGAGCAAUUUUCGGAGUCUCGCGAGCGCACAGUACCCAGCACGGGUGCCGCAAGCAGUGGACCGGCACGUGCUGUUCACCGUCGGCCUCGGCACAGACCCAUGCCCGUCCAACCAGACGUGCCAAGGCCCAAAUGGCACCAAGUUCGCCGCGUCCAUCAACAACAACUCCUUCGUCCGGCCCAAAACCGCGCUCCUCGAAGCGCACUACCAGAGCCGGUACGCUGGGGUGCUCAUGGCCAACUUCCCCACGACGCCGCCACACCCGUUCAACUACACCGGCACCCCACCAAAUAAGACGUUUGUUGCUCACGGGACCAGAGUUGUGCCGCUCAGUUUCAACACCACGGUGGAGCUGGUGAUGCAGGGAACAUCCAUCCAAGGGGCCGAGAGUCAUCCCUUGCACAUGCAUGGCUUCAACUUCUUCGUGGUCGGGCAGGGGUUCGGCAACUACGACCCCGUGAACGACCCGGCAAAAUACAAUCUCAUUGACCCCGUUGAGCGAAACACCGUCAGCGUGCCCACCGCCGGCUGGGUCGCCGUGCGGUUCCUCGCCGACAACCCAGGUGUCUGGCUCAUGCACUGCCACUUUGACGUGCACUUGAGUUGGGGCCUGUCCAUGGCAUGGCUGGUCAACGACGGGCCAUUGCCGAAUCAAAAGAUGUUGCCUCCACCGUCCGAUCUUCCGAAAUGCUGAGGGCUCAUACAAAGGGCCGAAGAUAGUGAAUUUUCCGAUGUGUUCCACCGCUUUUCUACCGUUUCUUUGAUACGUACCAUGCAAGUCUUCGGUUUCAACUAUUUAAUUUUUACUCGUGUGCCCGUUUUGUGGCAAGUCAUUGGACUUCGUUUCUACACACUUUAAUUCAUAUUUUUUAACUGAAUAAAUGUAAGAAAUUCGGUUUUGGUGUUACCUUGUUCUUGGACAUUUGUUCUUGGUAUGCACAAGGUCUUGUCAAGGACAUUUGUUCUUGGUAUGCACAAGGUCUUGUCAAGGACAUUUCUAAAUGUAAUAAGUUCUUGUCCUAAGUGAAUAUUUUCAAAUUUGA